CCUCAACAGCUUCAAUUCACAACAUUGGGCCCGCGCAUCCUCUGCAAUGGCGACCACAGUGACCAGAUUCAGGUGUCUGAAUGCACCUUCUUUGCGAAAUGCUUCCCGGUCUCUGAUUUCUAGCUCAACCACUUCUCGAAGCCUCGCCACCGAGACCUCACCUCCAGCAGAAACUCCCCGAAGACGUCCAACAUACUUCAAAGACAAACUCAAUUCUGUCCCUUCAUUCUCUGAGUUCGUUGGUCUACCAGAGCAAUCUCUGACCCCCGAAGAUGCGCUCGAAUUGCGCACUGCGAUGGUCGGCCCGCCUGGAAAGAAGAAGCAGAUCACACGACUCCCGACAUGGUUGAAGACGCCAAUUCCAGAUAAUUCGAACUACAAGAAGAUUAAGAAAGAUCUCCGAGGGCUGAAUCUACAUACAGUGUGCGAGGAAGCACGAUGUCCCAAUAUCUCGGACUGCUGGGGAGGAAGUGAUAAAGCUGCCGCCACCGCAACGAUUAUGCUGAUGGGAGAUACUUGCACGCGAGGCUGCAGAUUCUGCAGUGUGAAGACUUUGAAAACGCCCCAGCCAUUGGACCCUCAUGAGCCGGAACAUACUGCGGAAGCAUUAUCUAGAUGGGGGUUGGGAUAUGUGGUUUUGACUUCUGUUGAUCGUGAUGAUCUUGUAGAUGGUGGCGCUCGACAUUUCACCGAGACGAUUAUGAAGAUUAAGCAAAAGAAGCCGGAUAUGUUGGUCGAGGCAUUGACUAGUGAUUAUGCUGGAAACCUGGACAUGGUAGCUAUGGUGGCGAAUAGUGGACUUGAUGUCUAUGCCCAUAACGUGGAGACGGUGGAGGAGUUGACGCCUAUGGUUAGAGAUAGGAGGGCAACGUUCAGGCAGAGUCUGGAUGUUUUGGCGGCUGCCAAGCAAGCCAAGCCGGGUUUGAUCACGAAGACAAGUAUUAUGCUAGGUCUAGGUGAGACCGAGGAGCAACUUUGGGCAGCAUUGAAAGAACUUCGUAAGGUCGAUGUGGACGUUGUGACUUUUGGACAAUACAUGCGACCAACGAAACGCCACAUGAAGGUCGAGGAAUAUGUUCAUCCAGACACUUUCGAAUUAUGGCGUCAGCGAGCUCUGGAUUUGGGAUUCCUGUACUGUGCCAGUGGACCAUUAGUUAGAAGCUCCUACAAAGCUGGUGAGGCGUUCAUAGAGAAUGUCUUGAAGAAGAGGAGGGGUGUAACGGUUUUGUCCGACGAGGCUACUGGAAUGCAGAAGGCUGUGGUGUAAAACUACGAUACACGACUAGCGGUUCAACACGUAAUAACAUGGGUCUGGCGUUAAGGGUUAUGCAUUGCAGGCGUUUCAGAGGUUCAUAGACUUAAAGAACCCCUCCAAGAAUGGAUAUAGAUGGUUGUGCUUGUAGAACCCUCGAAUCACCCUUAUGUGUACAGUUUUGCCCAUGUAAAAGCUUCCCAAUAAUU